AUGCCCUUAGGCCGGCGUCCAAGUAAUAAUAAUAUAAAGGCAAGUGGUUUUGCAGAUGUGUUGUGCGUGCUGUUGCUCAGUGGUGUCCAAAAGGAGGACAUCGACGCGGGCACGCUGCGGAAGCUGCAGCGGCACAACGUAAACAUCGACGAUAUCAACGACCAGCAGCUGAAAACACAAUGUAUUGGUAAAACAGACAUUCCAGUCACUUUAACCACGCCAAUGACAAAUCCGACCACCGAGAAAACAAAGAUAACUGUUAGCGACAAAAAUGGACUGCCAGCCGAAGACGCGACACCGCUACAAAAAAUCGUUGAUUAUUUAGAAUUUUUACACAAAGAAGAAAAAAGAAAAGCCUUGGAAUCUAAAGAUAAUGACAAUAAAAUCAAACAAGGACAGAAGCCCUUCUCAUUUCUAUCUAGUUCCCCUUUUGGUGAUCAAGGAAUUAACGUCGAAGAUUUAAAUACCGAAACACCACUUCCAAGAACGACCAGCGCUAAGAAGGACAAUGAAAAGAGCAAAAUGGAAAAGAAUAUAAAUUCGGAGCUAGAGACCUUAAUGAACGUUUUGCGAAUAAAUAUUGGCAGGACGCCUGAUUUAACGCAACAAGGAAGUACUACGGUCAAAACAGUUAAAAAUCUUCCUGUUUCUGAACACACUAAAAAUAUCGAUUAUAUUACAAAAAUAGUAGAGGAAAUAAUGUCCAAAAAACAAUUGAAAGAGAUAAACACAACUAAAGGCCCUAAUUUAAAUACAAAUGAAUUAUUGCAAAAUAUAGACGAAAAGCUCGACAUACAAUCAAAAAACAAAUCAUUAUCACUAAUAAGUUAUUAUUUAAACAAUUGCAAACCCGACAAUUAUUACAGAAAUAAUCAAGGUGAUAAAGAUAAAUUGGAUAGAAUUGACAAUUUCAAAAGGCUUAGAUCCAAUAAUAACGAGCCAGAUGGAAAUUAUAAUGAUGAAUACUCCAUUUGCAAUAAAUUAAAAGCACAAGAACAGAAAGUGAUCCCUGGCCACAACGGCAACCCUAUAAUCAAUAACAUUUUAAGUAAAUUAAAAGAGGAAAGUGAAAGGUUUAAGGUGCUAGGUAAAGAAAGUACCAUUGGAACUAUUAUGGAACAUCAACCAGAAAUUGCGCUUAUCGAUCAGAAAAAUAAUAAAUUUAUCAAUACUAAAGGGUUAAAUAUAGUAGACGACGACUACAUUAGAGCAUUACGCAAUGAAUCUAAAAAUAUUAACUUUGAUGGCCUAAGGGGUCACAUAAAAAUAAGUGAUACUUAUAAAGAAGACUCGGAUAUUGAAACUGAUAAAGCAUUAAAAAAUGUAUUACAAUCGCAAUCAAAACUGUUUAAUCAAAUAUUUAAUCAACAAAGAAACCUAAUAAAAAUGUGCAAUACCGACAAAGAAAAAUUAAAACCAUGCGAAAAUGAAAGUUCCGAACCUUUACAAUCUGCACUGAAAUCUGAACUAAAUAAUAAACAAAACGAGCCUAUGAUAACCAUGCAGCAAUCACAAGAUAACUACCCGACAUACAUUAAUGAAAACAUACGUAAACCAGAGCCUAAAUUAGGAUAUGAGCAAGCAAAACUUGCAGGCCAAUCACGUUUAUUCCAAUACAACCCAUCCAAAUCAGACAACAAUUUAUUAAAUGAAGAAUACAAAAGUUAUCAACUUACGGCCCCAAACUCUUUUACUAUAGAAGAUCAAGCUACAGGGCCAAAAAAUAAUCUUAGAACAAGAAAUAGGAUGGAUGAUAAAUUAAAAACAACUAACACACUGAAUAGUAUCGACCACGAUCGAGACCUCGGUAAGGACUAUAAACGACCCUGGUUCUAUGCUGAACUGAGCAAUAAACAUUUCAAUCUCAAAAUGAAUGGAAAUCAACAGGGAUUAUAUUUUACACCUAACAGCUAUAACAAAAUACCCAAUACAGUCGAGCCUAGAUUAAAAAAUUCGUACGAUAAAAGUUGGUCACCGUACUUUGACAUAGCCGAUAAUAACACUGCAAUUAUUCGAACAAACGAAUAUUUAAGGGCUAAUAAAGAACAACCAAUUUUAGUCGAUCCAACAUUAACCCGAUCAGACGUCCGAGAAAUAAAAUACCCCAGGAUCGACGGAAUGUACCAAUAUGAAAAUAAAUAUCGUAGCGUCAUUGACGAUAGAAUUUCAGAACAAUUAAAAACCAAACAAGAUAAGAAAAUUAACAAAGUUAAUUGCCAAACAUUUCUUGAAACCAUGGUCGAAUGCCGUUCAGCUGCUGAUAAGCAAAAUGAUAUAAAAGUUACUAAUAUGAGAGAAAAUGGUGAGGAAACUGAAACUUUUAAUAAUAACAUAAAAACGAAACAUAACAAUUAUAGAUUACCAUCAAGACCCACUAUCACUGAGCAGCACUUGGACAAUGAUACAACUUUAGACCGAUCUAAAACAAAUAUCGACGACGAUAAUUUUUUCAGCCACAAUGAAACCAAAGAAAGUAAAAAAAUACCUUCAUUAUCUCCAAAUGUUAUAAAAGAUAUAGCACAAAGUAUAAAGGAAUUUGUAUUAAGGGAUUUAAAAACAACAAUGACAACGAUAACACCCAGCAGCACUACAACUUCUCAGAUGACAACUACAACACCUACUACAAUCACCGAAACUGUUAAAUCUACGAUAAAAGAAGAAAUGCAAACGACAUCGACCAAAGAUCCAUUAAAAAUACAAGAUGCUUCGAAAACAUUGGAGAAAAUGAUGGAAAUGUUAUCGAAAAUGACUUUGAUAAAGAAUACCGUUUUAGAACCAGAGAACGUUAAGCAUGUUCCGUACAACAUGAAUACAACAGUCACAACACAAAAAAUAAUCAUGCAACGCGAUGAGCAACAAAUAGUACCAACAGACAAUACCCUUCGACAUCAACAAAAUAUCAAAUUGGAAGAAAACCGUGGGCCGCAUGUUCCACAACCUUCACAAAACGUAGAAAACCUUAAAGCAUACGUGCCUCAACUAGUUGAAAUGAAAGAUGAAAAUCGGUUCCCAUAUGGUGCACAACAUUUACAACAGAAUCCAGAAAACCGUGUACCAUACGUCAAACAAGUUUUCCAGCGUUACCAAGAGAAGCAAUUACCAUAUGACUCACAACCAUUAAAUCUUAAUCCAAACCAUCGUGUACCAUAUGAUACACAGCCUUUACAGCAAGGCCUUGUGAAUCGAUUACCAUACGAAAUACAAACAUUAAAGCACAACAUAGAAAACCCGGAAAUUAACGAGCCGUGUGUGUCACAGGCAGAACAACUCAAUGGACAAAACCAUUUGCAAUAUUAUCCACGUACCUUGGAGCGUAAUCCAGAAAACGGAGUACGUGUUCCACAGGCCCCAGUAAACCAUUCACCAUAUGUUUCAAAGGCAAUGCAACUCAACAUUGAAAAUCCUAAUCUAGUCCCACAAGCCGCACAAAUGAAAGCAGAAAGCAAUUUCCAAUUUGAAUCACAGCCCUUACAAAAUAAUCAAGAUAUCCCACAACAAUCUUUCCAGCGUAAUCCGGAAGACCAUAUACCAGUGCCAGAAGUUAAAACAGGAAACCGAAUACAAUAUUUUCCACUAGCUUUACAAUCAAAUACAAAUAACCGAAAUCCAUAUGAUUUGCAGCGGUCAGAGCCCAACCCAGAAAACGACGUGACAUAUCCUCCAGCGCCCUUACAAUAUUUGGCGGAUGCUGCAGAAUUACCACAAGGAAACAGCAUCUCAUAUGGUUCACCGGCUGGGCGACUAAAAACGGAAGAUUAUUUAACAUAUAAUCCAAAACCCUUACAAAAUGGAUUGAAAAACAGACUAUAUGAUAACAGUAUGCACUCUUAUCAUCAUUCGAAACUUGUAUAUAGUGAGCCGUAUUUAAAAGAGGUUGAAGUACCUGUCCCGCAAAACAAAGUAAAACCGUUUUCCGCUAAACGAGUUAUAACAGUACAAACAAACUCUGGAGAAAUAUCACCAUUGAAAAUAGUACUGCAGAAACCUUUUUUGCAAAAUAUAGUACUCACGACACAACCGUCGGUAAAAGCGCAUCACAGUGAUGAAACUUUCCAUUUCAAAAAACCAAUACAAAAACAAAAUAGACACCAAGUGGAAGUCAAAGAAAACGAAAUGAGUAAUAUUAAUGAAGACAUAAGUUAUGUGCCUCGACACAAACACAAAGACACUAAGAUAGCUGUUCCAAAAUCUAGAAAAACUAAACAGGAACGUGAAGUAGUGCAACACUAUAAACCACGAGUUCUUAACGAUAUUGAAAAAUUUCAUGAAAAGUUAGAGCGAGGCGAUCCGUGGCAUCGCGAAGAUGAAAAGAUUGCAAAGAGAGUGCAAAGACCGAUUGUGAAGAAUACUGUUUAUGAUGACACGCAUUUCCGAAAUUUUCUACAAACACAACAGAAAGUAAACGAUAUGCUUGAGAAAAUAUUGGCUUCUGCUAAAACCAAGCCAAUCAGUGCCGAGGUUAUAUAAAUUUUAUUGUUUUGUAGUUUUUUUAAUAAAUCGUUAUGUGCGCGGACUUAUUGUAUUGA